GAGAGUAUCCUGAGGGUAUGUAUAUACGUAUAUUAGCCGACGUUUAGAACGACUAGGACACGACAGUGGUCAACAAUGUCUGCCCGGCUUGUAAUAGUACUCUGGCUCUUCGGCAGCAUUUGUGAAAUUAACGGUGCAGCUCUUUCUGCUGAUGACAUGUUUCAGCGAUGGACGGACUUUGUAGCCACUUAUGACAAUAAAGUCGCUAAACUGGAGAGCCUGCUUACUGAAAAGGACGAAAGAAUUAGUCUUCUUGAAGCAAAGCUAGACAUUGAAAUAGAGAAGAAGAACUCGGAAAUGGCACAGCUUAAACGUGAUAUGACGAUGCUGAUACAAAACACAAAUAUACUCAACAAAUACAAAUCUGCCUUCACAGAUGAAUUCGAAGGUAAAGAUGUUGAAGAAAUGGAACUCAAUGUUGACAUUGAAAACAGCCCAACAGUAGCUAGACCAGAGAAUAAUGCGGGGCUGCAAAAGUUCAAGGGAGAUAAUACAACACAUACAAACAUUUCAAAAACUGUCAGGCACGACGACAAGGACAUUAAGGUUGACCGCCUUGAUGGAAGUAGAAGGGGCGUCGAACGUGAAACACUGAGGAGAUACAGACGUGUUGCCCCUACGCCUACCGUGGCAUUCCACACGAAAAUGUCCUCUCCAAGGACCUUAGCGAAUGGUAUUACAAUUAUGUUUGACGAGGAGGCACUUGACCAAGGAAAUGGCUACAACCAACAUGAUGGUAUCUAUACAGUACCAGUGUCCGGGACGUAUGUCAUGACAUGGAAAGUUCUGUCUGCCAUUCAUAGUGUCAUACACACCAGUCUUGUGGUGAACGGGGUAGUUAUGGGAAAUUCCGAUACAGAUUCGGAAGAUAUCACUGACAUACAUCAAACAACGGCGAUCGUUGUUCUCCGACUGAAUCAGGGAGAUCUCGUGCUCGUUCGGGUUACUGGAACAAACCUCGGAGGCAUCGUCAGUGAUACCUUUCAUGGAAAAGCCACAUUUUCAGGCUGGAAAAUAUGAUUAAAAGCGUUUAGUAAAAUAUAAGAAAUGCUUUCGUCGUGGUAUAUUUGGAGUAGCUGGUAAACUCUUUUGACAGUUUGGUAUCUCGAUGUGUCUUUUUAAUUAUUGGCAUUGUUGUUUAUUGGGUACUUAAUUGGGUACUUAAUUGGUACUUCAUUGGGUAAGUAACUUUGGCAGUAAAGUAUAUUUAAGUUCCUUUGCCGGCAUUGCAAUUCAUUUGGUAUCUUAUUUACUAUUUUGGAAAAUGAAGUAUAUUGGGUUCCCCUUUGACUAUUUUGGCAAUGUUGUAUACUUAAUACCUGAUUCAGAAUUCCUGGCAGUGUGGUACAUUGCUAUGAUUGGUUAAUCACUGUUAAAUAUUGUUACA